UGGCCGCCUGCGCCCGGGGAGGCUGCCAGUGCGCGACGGGACCAGCAGCAUGAGCAGCGGCUACAGCAGCCUGGAGGAGGACGCCGAGGACUUCUUCUUCACCGCCAGGACCUCGUUCUUCAGGAGAGCGCCCCAGGGCAAGCCCCGCGGCGGUCAGCAAGAUGUGGAGAAAGAGAAGGAAACGUACAAUUACCUCAGCAAAGAGGAAAUCAAAGAGAAGGUUCAUAAAUACAAUUUAGCAGUCACAGACAAAUUGAAGAUGACCUUGAAUUCAAAUGGGAUUUACACUGGCUUCAUUAAAGUACAGAUGGAACUCUGCAGACCUCCACAGACUUCUCAGAAUCCUGGAAAACUCGCUGCCACUAGCAAUGGCUGUAUGAAUACACUUCAUAUCAGCAGCACAAACACUGUCGGGGAAGUGAUUGAGGCCCUGCUCAAAAAGUUUCACGUGACUGAUAGCCCUGCCAAGUUUGCACUUUAUAAGCGUUGCCACAGGGAAGAUCAAGUCUACGCCUGCAAGCUCUCAGACCAAGAACAUCCACUCUACCUGCGUUUGGUAGCGGGGCCUAGAACAGACACGCUUAGUUUUGUUCUUCGUGAGCAUGAAAUUGGAGAGUGGGAAGCCUUCAGCCUUCCAGAACUACAGAAUUUCUUGCGCAUCUUGGACAAGGAAGAAGAUGAGCAGCUGCAGAACCUGAAGAAGCGCUACACAGCGUAUAAGCACAAGCUUGAAGAAGCUCUCAGUGAGGUGUGGAAACCUGAUUAGAGCGAGGGGCUCAUCACCACUCAGGAACGGUGCGGGCUGUUCGGAGCGAGUGAAACAUGCUCAACCUAUAUACAAAACAGCAGCCAAGUGUCUCUCUUUUCCGAGGGCUGUUUUCUUGCCCUGUGAUGUAAGGGUCUUAUCUCCAGAUUUAGUUCUCCAAGCCAGGUCACACAGCAUCCUGCACCGUAAGCAUCCUGCGUAAGGGACUGGGCAAGCUUGUAAUGUAUGUCACAGCACUGCGAUAUUGCCUCUCGCCAAGCUGUGAAUCUGUAGUGCUCAUCAGGCAGCAUUCUAGAGUGCUUUGAAGCAUGAACUCUGGGUUUUAUUUUUCUUCUUUUUAGGUAUUUUAACUAUAUGAUGAUGAUGUUAAGCUUAAGGAUGUGCAAAUGAUUUUUAGAAAGCUUAACAAGGAAUCGGAAUACUUGUUUUAUGUUGAAACUACCUUUUUAUGUCAAAGGAAAGUAUCCAUGUGAAUUGAAAGGCACAGGAAGCCAGGAACAAUCAGGAGUUUGUGAAGGAUUUUGUAGGCAUUUGACGAAGAAAGUAAAGAGCAAGUUUGGAAGAAGGUGUGAGUUGAGGUGGAGAGUACUGAGGGGCUGGUAAGGAUGGUUUGGGUAGUAAGUUUAUAGUAGAGGAAGAAGGUGUGUUUGUAAACUAGUUAAAAUGCAUUUGGUUUUGAGAUGUUAAACCCAUUUUAGGAUGGUUUGAUUUCCCGGUGGGUAAAAUGUAGGAACAUAGUCAAGGAAGGUAGGAUUAAACCAAAGAAGAGGGCCAUGAAGUCUGGAGCUGAGAAGAGAAUUGCAAACUUGGACAGAGAGGGGCCUUAAGCCCCGUUUCUGCCCGUGUGGAGUGGAAGUUCUAAUUGGUGUAGUUUCUCUGGCCAAGGGGGGCAGUUCCCAAGGUCUAAUGACUAUUUGCUAACUCCGGUUAAGCUGUAGUUUUUCUAGAGGUGGUUUUUAAGGUUAAAAAGGGGGAGGAAUGGGUCAGCUGUUUUCCUCGAUUGUCAGCUAGGAGAUUUAUCAGGUAGAAGGCUCACAGGCCGUGACAAUGACUCUUUUCUUCCCUUCCCUUCCUUUCUCUUUCCUUUUUAUAUUUUCCCCUUUCAUCCCCUCUUGCUUUCCUCUCCCUUACUUCCUUUUAUAAAUUGAAUAUUACAUAGAACAGGGAUAGUGAUUAAAAACCCAAUUCACUUCCAAAUCCUCAGACUACUUGACUAUAAGGAGGAGGCAGCAAGAAAGAGGAACGUACAUAUGCAAUUGACCGUGCAACAGGGUUUUUUGUUUUUUUUUUAAUGGAAAUAUUUAUUUUAACAAAAGUACAUGUUCCUACCAACCAAAGAAAUGCCUGUGCAAUGGAAACCUUCCUUAAUCAGGUUAAAUAACCUCAUUUUAUGCAGUGAUUACCUGAGAACAAUGGGAAAGUUUUUGUGCUGUUGUUACACAGAGGCCUGACAGUCUGUUUUAAGUCUAGGUAUUUUUUGUUUAUAAAUUCCCAAGGAAUUGUUAACACUUUGGUGACACUUAAUGGAUUCUUUUUGAAACUCCAAGGUGCUUCAGUUCUUUGCCUAAGUGAACUGUGCCUUUUAUUGCAUUUCUGUUCCUCUCUCGGUGGCUCUUCUGACUUUUCAAAGAAUACCCAUCUUGGUGGAGGCAGAAUUUAAGUGUUGGCUGUGCUGUGCCACACAAUUACUGAGACAAUCAUAUCUUCCUAAGCUCUUAAGGAAAGUUAAAAAAAAAAAAAAAAA